AAUAGUCGGAGAAUGAUGUUUUUCUGGUCGGUGCAGAAGGCAGAAGCACACAAGAGGCCUAAACGCGCCGCUGCUGGGAGAACCCGGAUGUUUUUCAGCGCUGGCUUUUAUUUUGAAGGAUUCAGAACGGAAGUGAACUUUCCCUCGAUUAAAUGAAAUAAGUUGGGUGUGUGUUAACGCUUUUAUCUCCCUGGCAUUAGACAUCAGUCAUAUUUAGGAGUGGACCAUGUCCAGACUGAAACAGGCGGAUAAAGUGGACAGUCUUGCGGGCUUUCGGACGACGAAGCCCGAGCCAACAGUUCCUCUCGGUCUGCUGAAAGCCGCCAGGAAAAGCGGUCAGCUCAACCUGUCCGGUCGACGGUUAACAGAAGUCCCUCAGAAUGUCUAUCGUCUAAACAUGGACACGCCAGAGGAGGCGCAGGAUGUGUCCUUCGGUGGAUCGGAUCGCUGGUGGGAGCAGACUGACCUCACUAAACUGUUGCUGUCCUCCAAUCUGCUGACUCAGCUGUCUGAUGAUGUACGCCUGUUGUCUGGACUCACUACACUGGAUCUCCACGACAACCAGCUGAGCAGUUUACCCAGUACACUUGGAGAACUUAAGGGGCUGCAGCAGCUUCGACUCAGCCAUAACCAGCUGUCAUCACUGCCACGGGAGCUGUUCACCCUGAAGAACCUCUGCAGCCUCUCACUGCAGCAGAACCUGCUGGAGGACCUGCCAGAGGAACUGGGACAGCUGGAGAACCUCACAGAGCUGGAUCUGUCCAACAAUCGUCUGAAGGAGCUGCCCUCCAGUCUGAGCUGUCUGACAAAUCUGCAGAAAGUGAGCCUGCACCACAACAAGCUCACCUCCCUACCCGAGGGCGUGUCUCACCUCAGAAAAGUUAAAGUCCUGGACUGUAGCAGCAAUCAGCUUUUUGACAUUCCUGCCAGCCUAUCGGGGAUGCUGUCUCUGGAGCAGCUGUACCUCAGACACAACAAGCUGAGCCGGCUGCCUCAACUUCAUGCUCCAGCACUGAAAGAGUUGUAUGUAGGGAACAACCUAAUUGAGCUGUUGGACACAGAGCAGCUGGCCAGCUUCACAUCCAUAUCUCAUCUAGAACUGAGAGACAACAAGAUCAGAACGCUUCCGGAGCAGAUCCCUGUGCUGCCCGAGCUGACCCGCCUGGACCUGACUAACAAUGACAUCAGCACUCUUCCGGCGUCACUCAGCCUGCUGCCCAACAUGAAGGUGUUACUCCUGGAGGGAAACCCUCUGAGAGGAAUAAGGAGAGACCUCCUUACUAAAGGAACCAGUGAACUUCUCAAGUAUCUCAGAGGAAGAAUUAAAGAGGACCCUGAGAAGGCAGAUGAAAGUCAAACAGCUAUGACGUUACCCUCCAUGGCGAGAGUCAAUGUCCAUAACAUCAAAACUCUGAGGACACUGGAGUACAGUGACAAACAUGCAGACAGCAUACCAGAUGAGCUGUUCGAUGCUGCAUCAGAUCAAGGCAUUACCACCAUCAACUUCAGCAAGAACCAGCUCAAGGCCACACCUCCCAGACUGAUGGAGCUCCAGGCCUCAGUGUCAGACCUCAAUCUGGGCUUCAACAAGCUGACUGACUGUUCUGACAUCUGCAAGUUACUGCAGCUCACACACAUCGACCUCAGGAAUAACCAGCUGAGUGAUUUACCAUCUGAAAUGAAGAACCUCACUAAGCUACGUUCCAUCAUUCUGAGUUACAACAGACUCAAGUCAUUUCCUGAAGUCCUAUAUGAGGUCCUCUCUCUUGAGACAGUGUUGCUAGGAAACAACCAGGUGUGUGUGGUGGAUCCAGGACGUCUGAUGAAACUGGCUUGUCUGACAACGUUAGAUCUAUCAAACAACGACCUGCUGAACAUCCCUCCUGAGCUGGGCUUGUGCACCAGCCUCAGGUGCCUGAGUCUGGAGGGGAACCCGUUCCGCACUCCCAGAGCAGCCAUUGUGUCCAAAGGAACUGAUGCAGUAUUGGAGUACCUGCGCAGCCGCAUACCCGCCUGACUCUGAACUCGGCUGGGGUUUCACCAACACGACCAACAAGAAUAUCACUGUACAGCUGCUGAACAAUGAAGAAUUUCACCUCCAUGUGGACUGUAGAAGAAUAGUGUUUGUGUUCAGUGAAAUAUUGGUAUUAAAGUUGAUGCCCUUGUCUGACCAAAAACUACUUGGAAAGGUGCUUUUCCUAACAAAGUUGUUUACAACAUCCG